AGUGUUACCCUCGGGGGCUCGACCAUGAAAUCCCCCCCUUCAGCCUCCCCAUGGACCCGAGGAACUUUUAAGGCAGGGGCUGCUGCUUCCCCUUGAUCUUCCUGCUUCCUUCCCUUCCCCCCGCCCCAUAAUCUAACCCGGGUUCAUUAAUAAUCAGUAUUAAUGUUACUAGCCGGCCUCUGCGCCGGGCAUGUGAAGCCCCCCGGCUGCAUCAUGCGAGCAACGUGCACUUUGCUGCUGCGCCAACUUAGCCUCCUGCUGCUGCUGCUGCAGCCCUCUGCGGGAUCGGGCCCCUUCGCCUCCUCCAGCGACCCCCCUGCUCGGACCCAGCUCAGCGGAGCCACCACGCCGGCCGCGGGGCCGCAGGGUUCUUCCAGCCGGGACGUCUCUGCUGCAGCUGCUGCCGCGGCGGCGGCGGCUGCUUCCCGGCUGCCUCCCUGGGAGAGGGAGAGCUCCGUGCCCUGGGCGCCGCCAGUGUCCGGCAGCACCUGGGAGCCGGCCGCGGCAGGACACACCAGCAGCCCGGUCAUUGGAAGUGGCUAUCAGACACUUAGAAGUUCAGAUAUUGAAAUGAGGACUUCCAGGUCUCCUACGGACAAUAUGGAGACACUGACUACAUUCUCCAGAAGUGGAGAGAGGACGUUGCUGUCUAUAACAAACAGUGCCAAGUCUACAACUGCAACAGAAAGCACCACCUCUUAUACAGAAAUGAUCAGUUCUGCAGAUUUAACCCAGCACUCCUCUUCUGUAGAGCAGAACAGAAGAAAUAGCUCCUCAAGUGACAUGUAUUUCACUGAGCCUGGAACGGAGACUUUGACUGUACAUUCUUCUGAGAUACCCACCUAUUCAUCUUCACAAAGUGAUCCUCCAGCCAUUGGAAGCAGCCAGGAGACAGCUAGCAUCUGGGAUAUGGAAAAAAAGACUCCUAGUUUUCAUACUGAUAGUAUGUACAUUUCACCUACAUUCAGAAGAGGUGGGGAGAGGACAAUAGAGUUGCUAACAAACAGCAUUGCUUCAACUGAUUCACUGAAAAGCACCACUUCUCAUACCGAAAUUGCCAUAUCUUCAGAUCUAUCCCACUCCUCAGCUUCUAUAUCAUGGACUGGAGGAAGUAAUAGAUCAUCAACUAUCGCUGCUCUCCCUGAGUCUUCAACAGGGCCUUUACUUACAUAUUCCCCUGUAAAGAGUGGUCUCCCAGCCAUUGGAAGUAGCCAUCAGCCAAUUAGCGGCUCAGAGAAAAAUAUUGCCAAUUCUCACAUUGCCAGUACGUACAUUUCAACUACAUCCACCAGAGCUGGAGCGGGGAUAUUACAAGAUCUAAUAAACAGCAGCAGAUCUUCUAAUGCAACAGGAAACUCUACUUCUGGUACUGAAAUGUCCAGCUCUUCGUAUUUAACUCAGUCGUCAUCUAUAUCUUCUAUACCACUGACCAGUAGAAUUCGUAUCUCAUUGGCUGCCACAGAUUUCACAGAGCCUUCAACAGACCCUUUGCUUACACAGUCUCAUUCUGCUUCAGAAACUGCUUCCAAAGCCAUUGGAAGUAGCCACCAGCCAAUUAACAUCUCAGCUACAGAGAAAAGGACUUCCAAUUUGUAUACCACCAGUACAGACAUUUCAACAUCAUUCACGAGAGGUGGAGAGAGGACGUUAAGGUCUCUAAUGAACAACAGCACAUUAACUGAUGUAGCAGACAGCUCCACUUCUGACUUAGAAAAUACCAAGUCUUCAGAUUUACCCCAGCCCUCAUCUCCUGUAGCACAGGUUGGAGGAAGUAAUAUCUCAUCAAGUGACUUGACUGAGCCUUCCACAGAGUCUUUGCUUUCACAUUCUUCCAAGAUCCCAAGUUAUUCGUCUUCCUCGAAUGAUCUUGCAGCUAUAGUAAGUAGCAACCAACCAAUUAGCAUCUCAGCUACAGAAAAAAGAACUUCUGAUUUACAUACCACCGCUACAUAUCUUUCAACAACAUUCAUCAAAGGUGGCGAGAGGACCUUAAGAUCACUAACAAAUGGCAACGUAUCACCUGAUGCAGCAGAAAGCUCCACUUCUAAUUUAGAUAAUACGAAGUCUUCUGAUUUAACCCAGGCCUCAACCGCUGUAACACCAGGGCGAGGGAGUAAUAUCUCCUCAACUGACUUCACUGACUCUUCAAUAGAGGCUUUGCUUACGCAGUCUUCCAAUAGCUCAAGUUAUUCGUCUUCACCAAAUGAUCUUGCAGCUAUUGGAAGUAGCUACCAACCGAUUAACAUCUCAACUACAGAAACAAGGACUUCUGAUGUGCAUACUUCCAGUUCCUAUAUUUCAAUGACAUUCACCGGAGCUUCAGAGAGGACCUUAACGUCUCUAACAAACAGCAGCACAUCGCCUGAUGCAGCAGAAAGCUCCACUUCUAACUUAGGAAAUAUCAGGUCUUCAGAUUUACCUCAGCCCUCGUCUGCUGUAACACAGGCUGGAGGAAAUAAUAUCUCAUCUAGUGACUUCACUGAGCCUUCCACGGAGCCUUUGCUUACGCAUUCUUCCAAGAUCCCAAGUUAUUCGUCUUCCCCAAAUGAACUUGCAGGUAUUGGAAGUAGCCACCAACCAAUUAGCAUCUCAGCUACAGAAACAAGCACUUCUGAUUUCCAUACUUCCAGUACCUAUAUUUCAAUGACAUCCCUCAGAGGUGAAAAGAGGACAUUAAGGUCUCUAACCUACAGCAGCACCUUGCCUGAUAUGACAGACAGCUCCACUUCUUACUUAGAAAAUACCAAGUCUUCAGAUUUACCCCAGCCCACGUUUCCGGUAGGACAGGCUGGAAGAAGUAAUAUCUCAUCAAGUGACUUCACUGAGCCUUCCACAGAGUCUUUGUUUACACAUUCUUCCAAGAUACCAAGUUCUUCAUCUUCUCCAAAUGAUCUUGCAGAUAUGGAAAGUAGCCACCAAACAAUUAACAUCUCAGCUACAGAGAAAAGGACUUCUGAUUUGCAUACCACCAGUACUUACAUUUCAACAGCAUUCACCAGAAGUGGAGAGAAGACGUUCAGGUCCCUAACAAACAGCAACACAUCACCUGAUGCAACAGAAAGCUCUACUUUUAACUUAGGAAAUACCGAGUCUUCAGAUUUACGCAGGCCCUCAUCUCCUGUAGCAGAGACUGGAGGAAGUAAUAUCUCAUCAAGUGACUUCACUAAGCCUUCGACUGAGCCUUUGCUUACAUAUUCUCCCAAGAUCCCAUCUCCUUCGUCUUCAUCAAAUGAUCUCGCUGGAGUCGGAAGUAGCCAUCAAUCGGUUACAAUUUCAGACAGAGAAAAAGAGAUUUCCAGUUCUCCUACUCAUAGUACGUACGUGUCAACAACAUUCACCAGAGGUGGGGAGAGGACAUCCCAAUCUCAAACUCGCAGCAACACAUCAACUGCGGCAACAGAAAUCUCCACUCAUAAUAUAGACGCGGCCGAAUCUUCAGAUUCAACCCAGUUCUUAUCUUCUGUAUCACAGGCUGGAGGUUUCAAUAUCUCAUCAAGUGAUGCCGAUUUCACGGAGCCUUCCACUAAGCCUUUGCUUACUGAUUCUUCCAAGAGCUCAGCGUUGUCUUUACCAAAUGAUACACCGUCUGUUGGAAGUAACCAUCAGUCUCUUAGCAGCUCAAAAACAGAAAAAAGAAUUUCCAGUCCUUAUACGGACAGUAUGUACAGUUCAGCUACGUUAACCGGAGGUGGAGAAAGGACCUCACAAUCUCUGACAAAUAGCACAUCUACCCAUACAACAGAAAGCUCCACUUCAUAUACAGAAAUUGCCAAUUCCUCAGGAUUAAUUUACUCACCUUCAAUGGCACAGACUAGAGGGACGAGUAUCUCAGCAAAUGAUAUGGGUUUCACUGGGUCUUCAACUGAGACUUUCUUUAUACGUUCUUCCAAGAUACCAACUUACUCUUCUUUCCAAAAUGAUCGUUCAAGCAUUGCAAGUAGCCAUCAACCAAUUAGCAGCAUCGACACCGAGAAAAGGACCUCUGUUUCUCGCACUGACAGCAUGUACAUUCAAACCACAUUCAGUAGAGGUGGCGACAGGACAUUACUGUCUAUAUCAAAUAACAGCACCUCUGCCGAAUCAUCAGAAAGUUCCACUUUUUAUGCAGAAAUUUCCAACUCUUCAGAUUUAGCACAAUCCUCAUCUUUUAUGGCUCAGAGCGGAGGAAAUAACAUAUCGUCAGCUGACGGGGAUUUAAUUGCUCCAUCUACGAAGCCUUUGCUUGUACAUUCUUCCAAAAUGCCAACUUACUCUUCUACAGUCAAUCUACAAAAUGCAGCUCCGUUUUCCACUGGCACUGAAUCGUCACCAAUUGAUAGCUCAUCAUUAUCUUCAUCAGUAUUUCCAUCCUCUUCCUCGAUGUCAUCAUUACAUCACUUGCUUUCAUCAACGCCAUCGCCACCUCAUUCAUUUGCAUCCUCAGAGUCAUCUCUCCCAUCCUCUUCAUCAGUGAUACCAUCAUUGUCACUCCCACCACCAUCUUUGUCAUCAUCUUUAUCCACCUCCUCAUCAGUUGCAUCAUUUCCUUUAUUAACAUCCAUAUUACCUUCAUUUUCUUUAGCAUCUUCACCAUCACAGGCUGGUGACAGUUUUCAAACCGGCAGGUCCAGCGUUACAUCAGGAGGGACAGACAGAAUGGAGCCAUCGACUGUUGUGUUCUCUGAGAGUACACCCAGACAGUACAGCAAUCACAGCAGACCACACCAAUUGAAAGAGAGCACUAGUUUCGAAACCAUAGGACCACUUCCUCUUCAGACUGAAUCUAUGGAACAGCUCAGCGGUCACUCUUCAUCCACAUCAGCUUCCACACUUGUAACAGAGAGCUCCACAGGAGGCACCUUCACUUCCAGUGGGGACCAUUUUGAAAAGACCUCUUUGCUUCUGACAACAGCUGCUCCAAGUGUGAGCAAGGAUACCCAACACACUGAGAUGGCAAAAGCAUCAACCAGUAUCUUGCCAAAUAUGACAGGUCAAAGGGAUGUGUUUCCUGCAGCGGAAUUAACAACAGAGAAAACAGUUACACUGUCAACAGACAUGAUUUUGGGGCCACAGCAUUCUGUGCCAACUACAGAUCAUUCUAUUACUAUGAAAACUCGCAGAGUUCAAACUGCUGCCACCACGACACUGGCCUACAUAACUGGAGUAACUACAAAAUCAAUGGAAACUAGCACUGCAACUAGCAUUAAAAUCACCGAAGAAAAUAUCCCAGCUACACAUCCUUCCAAAACGUCUUCCCUGAGCAAAACCACUGCAGGGUUUUCCACCACUUCGGCAGCAGCUACCAAACCAACUACUGUUGCUCUGUUCAGUCGCACAAGGGCAUUAGUAACUACUUCUCAUACAACAGUCAAUGUCUGCUCCACAAACCCUUGUCUGCAUGAUGGAAAAUGCGUUAUUAAUGGUGUUAUGGGCAAUUAUCAGUGCAAGUGUUCACCAGCCUGGCAAGGAGAAGACUGCAGUGAAGAUGUGGAUGAAUGUCUUUCUAGUCCAUGCCCAGAUUUGGCCACAUGUAAUAAUACUCAGGGCUCCUAUGUCUGCAAAUGUCCUGUUGGAUACCGACUAGAAAAAGGAAAAUGCAAUUUAGUUAGAACAUUUGUUGAUCAAGUUGUACUAAAACUGAACACUACUCAUGGGAAGUAUUCUGAACUCCAUCGAAUUGAAGAUGAAAUAACAACAAUGCUGAACAUGUCUCUUUCAACAUUACCUGGCUAUUACAACUCAGUAGUUAAAGCUGCAAGGGAGUCCAAUUCUGUCCGAGUUUCAGUCCAAACCACCUUUUCUUUAGCAUCCAAUGUGACACUCGUUGACAUUGUUAGCAGUGUACGAAGCUACAUUAGCGCUUGCAAAACUCCUACUGAAACCUGCCAGUUCAUCUCCAGCUUUAUGCUGCUCCACAGAGUUGGCGGUUUGUGCAAACAGAAGGACCCUGAAUGCGACAAAGAAACUUCGGAAUGCACCGACAGAGAUGGCAUUGCAGUCUGUCAAUGCAAGAGUGGAUACUUUAAAUACAAGAAGAUAGAUCAUUCCUGCAGAGCUUGCGAAGAUGGAUAUAGGCUUGAAAAUGAGACCUGUGUGAGGUGCCCGUUCGGCUUGGGGGGAUUGAACUGUAGAAACCCGUAUCAGCUAAUCACCGUGGUGAUUGCAGCUGCAGGAGGGGGACUUCUGCUUAUCCUGGUGAUAGCACUGAUCAUCACUUGCUGCCGGAAGAAUAAAAAUGACAUAAGUAAACUCAUCUUCAAGAGUGGGGAUUUCCAAAUGUCACCGUAUGCCGAGUACCCCAAGAAUCCUCGAGCACAGGAGUGGGGCAGAGAGACCAUAGAAAUGCAAGAAAAUGGAAGCACUAAAAACCUGCUGCAGAUGACGGAUGUAUAUUAUUCGCCGACUGGACUAAGAAACGCUGAACUGGAAAGAAAUGGACUUUAUCCUCCCUACACUGGUUUACCUGGAUCCAGACAUUCAUGCAUCUACCCUGGACAAUAUAACCUAUCCUUUAUUAGUGAUGAAACUAGAAGAAGAGACUAUUUUUAACAUAAUUGUGUGGGAGUGGAAGAUCAACAUAGAUAGGUGUCCUUGUUUACCAGGUACACUCUGUCACAUGACAGUUCAGCUGAUACCAGUCUUAAUCUUCACAUACAGGAAGGACUUUGAACUCAAAAGAACACAGAGCAGUGCUGCCUUGAAAACCCAUUUGUAGCUGUUGAGUAGUGAAGAUGGAGGGGAAGAAUGAGCCAAUAUGCAGAUCUGUAAAAGACCCGGGUGGAAGUUUGUGGAAGUGAACUUGUGCACUCCACUUUUAUCUUCGCCACUGACAUCACAUAACAUGAAUUUGUUAAUAGAUCAGUACAGACAGACUAAUUGUUGCCUGCAUUCUAAAAUUAAUACCACUAGGGAGUGUUUUGUUUACAGAUAUUGUAAAAUUACAGAUAUUGGUCUGACUGCUGUGUGUUUCCUCUUGGCCAGCUUUUAUGCAAAGAUACACUGUGUACUCUUUUUGAGUAGGAAGUGUAUGUUCAUUUCAGACCCUUCUCUGCCUUUCCAUGUUAAGAUCUGAUUCCUGUGCAACAAGGGAGCAAGAUUGCCCACUAAAUAUUAUUUUUUUUAUUGGUAUGUGUCAUUCUGUCAAAUGUCUCAGCGCUUAACUAAGCACUCCAUCUGGCAAUGAUGGCUGAGUUCACAGGUUGACAUUGAUAUUUUCAAAGGAGUAUGGGGGAUUUAGCCACGCCUCCUUACUUUUAAUGGGAAAAGGUAUAACUGAUGCCUUGCACUGCUUUGAAAAUCUCCUUUGUGUUUGGAAAUGUCUGAAUGUGACAGUGUAUUGCCCACUGAUCUGCAAUGUUGUUCAAAACUUCUGUUAUUAUAUUGUGGUAAGUCACCACAGCAACCUCCAGCAGGGAUUUAAAUGUGUUCUAAAAGCAGCAAGAUCAGAUAAAGUAUUCAUUAAUGGAGCAAUAAAUUACAAGAUAAAAUUGUUGAGGUAGAUCGCAUUGCUUUGCAGAAAAUGUGUAUAGCCACAGUGAACUUCAGGGAGAAAGCGGCCAAGAACAGAAGUAUUAUAGCCCUGGUUGGACUGAUGUACCAUGAAUUUUAGACUUUGCAUUGGAUCCAGACAGCCACAGCUCCCCUGAUUUCAAUGGGCACUGCAGAGCUACUCAGCACAUCAGAAAAUCAGGCCUGUUGUGGCCAGAUGCAUUUGACUGUGGGAGAAGCACAAGGCUUUAGAUCACAAAAAAAACUGUUAAGGACUUCCAGCUGUCUUCACUGUCAGUCCUUUUAGCUGGCAAUUUGCACUGGAUUGACAGUUAGUCACUGCAAAUGGAGCUGGUCGGGAAUUUGUGACAUUUUGACCCCCAAAAAUUCAACAUUUUUUGCACAAAAAAGCAUUUUUUACGAGCUUAUCAUGUAGUCUGUGAUUCUAGAAAAUUUGCAUGAAAAACUACAAAAUAUUUGUUGUGAAGGUCUUUCUGCAUUUUUCAAUAGGGUCUAACUUCACAGUUGUUUCAUUCUUGAAGAACUCUUUAACUUACUUCACCAAUCCUAUUUGAUUCCCUGAACACAUGUAUUUUUGAAGAUAUCACAGUUGGCUGUUGUAAAAAUGUCUGUUGAUCACUGGGGAAGAAGCUCCAAAUAGAUAAUUUAUUACAUUCCUAACUUAGGGUCUGAUCCAAAGCUCUCUGACUUCACUCUGCAGGGUUGAGUGCUUGGUGAAGAUCACAUUAAUCAAAUACACUUAGAGUUUGUCUUCACUGCAAAGUGAACUCUAAUUAUAACUCAAGUUGCCCCUAGCUCAGCUCCCUUCCACACACAAAAAUCCUUCACUCAAGUUAGCUGGUCUGAGAUGGGGGAUAAACUAAACUCAAAUCAGCUGUUAACAUAAUCUCUUUGCAGUGUGGCUGCAGGCUAGCUCCACUCUAAUGCCACUAAUCUUACAGUGCCUUCCCACAAUUCUCCCUGAGUGCUCAGAAAAGGCUUACAAGUUCUCCCACAAUACAUGGGAAAGAAUUUAUAGAGUGACUUCGCUUACUGCAGUGUCAACAGUAGAACGUGCCCUUAGAGUUCCUAGUAGCACAUCUGAGUGAGUACAGCGUCAGUGUGGAUAAAGGAACUUGAGUGCUAUGUCCCAGAGUGGCUGCUCUCACUCUGGCUAAGAUAACUCUAGAGCAGUAACUUUGCAGUGAAGGUCACACGAGUUAACUCUAUAGUGAAGACAGACCCGCAAUUAACUGACACUUAACAGUGUUUGUUUGCCAUAGAGCCUGUGAUCCUAAAGUGUCUUGCCCAGCACUCAGAAAGUUGUUGUGCCCCAUCUCAAGUGUGAACAGAUGCACAAGUAAGAUUCACUACUAGGCAUUCGUUCUUCUUUGAGUGUAGUGUUCCUGUUGGUGCUCCGCUUUAGGUGAGCCUGAGCCUUUGGUUGGAGAUUUUUGGUAGCAGCAUUAGCUUGGACCGCAUGUGUACCGCAUACCCCUCCUUCCCCACAUCGAGACUAUAUGAGGCCGUGUGGAUGAACCAUCUCAGUUCCUUCUCAACCACCUGCGGCCUGAGACAGAGUCUACAACAGUGCCUGUUCUCUACUAGUAUUCAGAAUUCAGUUUGUUGGUUAAUAUGUACUGUUUGUAGUUGUUGGAACAACUAACUUUCUUUCUUUCUACAAAAAAGUUUAAAAUAUUAUUUAAAAAUAUUUUUGUUCAUAGAUAUAGUUAGUGUUGAGUUUUUUUCCCCCUUCAAUAGGGGUCGAUUUGUUGUUAAUUUGCUUGGGAUUGCUAGGCUUCCUGGGAUUUAAAAAGUGCUUCUCUUGUCAUGAGGCUAUUCUAGUCAUCAAGUGGAUUAUCUGUUGGAAUUGAAAACAUUGGGUCUUUCUAUGAACUCCAUUACACUAUUACUUACAGCCUUUCACAUAUCCAUAAGGAGCUUUUUGCUCUGUGCUCAUCCAGUCAUGGUAAGAUUCCUAAGAGGUUUGUCAAAUCUCUACCCACAAAUCAGAGACUCUACUCCUAGUGGGGACCUGAACCUAGUCCUGCAUUGCCUUAUGAACUACCCCUUUGAACCACUAGGUAUUUGUUCUUCGUUAGAGUGAUCAAUGAAGACAGUCUUCUUGGUAGUUAUAACCUCUGCCCAAAGGGUCAGAGAAUUGGGAACUUUAAUGGUGGAACACCCCCCUCCAUUUAUGGUAUUAAUUACAGAGAAAGUAUCUCUGUGGGCCCAACCCAGAGUUUUACCUAAGGUGUCCUCAGAAUUUAUUUAAUCAAACCCAUUCAUUGCUUGGUUUGUUUGUUUUCCCCGAGAACCACAUUGGACUAGUCAAGAAGCCAUGUUGCAUACUCUAGAUGCAUUAGCUUUUUAUUUAGACAGGACCAAACCUUUUAGACAGUCUCCUAGAUUAUUUGUAUCCAUUAUGGACAGAAAGAAGGGUUCGGUUAUUUCAAAACAGAAGUUAUCAAAGUGAAUCUCUGACAUAUUACAGUCUGUUAUGACAAAACUCAGAUUCAGCUCCCUUCAAGAAGGAUAGUACAUUCCACUAGCGUAUUUUCUUCUUCUACAGCCUAGCUUAAGGAUGUGUCAAUUGGAGACAUCUGAAGAGUGCAACAUGGUCCUCAGCCACCUACCUUUUCUAUUCAUUGUGCCUUGGUGUCUGCUGCAAGAUCAGAUGCGGCUGUAGGCGAUGCAGUUCUCUCUUCGGUAUUGGACCCUGGUCCAAACCUCUCACCUUCUUAGGGAUGUACUGCCCUGAAGUAGUGCACCCACAGGGACACUGCUUGAGGAAGAAGGAGAGAUUACUCACCUUGUGCAGUAACUGUAGUUCUUCGAUGUGUGUGUUCCUAUGGGUGCUCCACUACCCACCCUCCUUCCCCUCUGCUUUGGAGUCUCCUUUGUGGGAAUUGCGGUGGAGAAGGAACUGAGGGCGGGUCAUCCAGUGGCCUCAUAUAGGCUUGGUGCAGGGUACAAGGAUGUGUGAGGCAUGUACAUGGGCCAAAUGGGUGCUGCUACCAAAACUGCUGAUCAAAGGCGCAGGUGCAAUGGAAGUGGAGCACCCGCAGGAACAUACAUCUCAAAGAAUUCCAGCUGCUGCACAGGGUGAGUAACCAUCUCCUUCUCUGCACUUCAGUAGGUUUCAGACCCCUGUUCAUGCCUUGCCCCUUCCUCUUGAGAUUGCAAGAGAAGAGAGGUGCAACAGAGGAAUGUAUCUGAGGAGACAUUUGCUUAAGUGUGAUCCGUAGUGUGCAAAUGCAGCACU